GAGUGCUCUGACUCCCGCGAGCUCCUCCCCGCCGGCUUCCUCCUCCCCAAGCUCGCACCAGCCAACCACCCAAAAGAGCGUCUCGCCGCCGUCCACCACCACCGCCUCACCGCCCCUCUCUCCGUGCUUUCUCCUUCGGCUCCACCUGGCCGUACGGGCGAAGACAAAAGACGACCAAGAAGCCAAGAAGCGGCUUCUUGGGGACAGCCCUCCAAUGGCGCAGGGCGCCGGGAAGAAGCUCGGCAAGGCGAAGGCGUCCAAGUACGAUGUGAAGGUGUCCGCUCUGGAGCUUCCUGGUGCGCCGACUGGGGCCGAGGUGGCCGCGCUGCAGCUCCCGGGCGCGCCACCACCGCCGACCCAGCCCGAGGUCGACACGACGCGGCGGCUCCAUGGAGACGUCGCGCCAUCUCAGGCCGAGGUGUCUCCUUGCCCGCGUACGAUCGUCCCCGCCCCCGCUCACCUUCCGCCUCAGGCCGACGCGGUCUGGUUCAGGAGCUUGCUGGAGGCCCUCCGACUCCGGUUUCCGGGGCCGGUUGUGGCGAGGAUCUUCGAGGCCUUCCAGGGCGCGUGGGCGUCCGUGCACGGGUGGCGGAGCGGGCCGCCGGCAGCAGCAGCGCCGGUGAUCAACAAGAAGAAGAAUACCUUGCUCCCCGUGCCGCGGCGUAGUAAGGCAUGGUUGUACUGGGAGAAGCGCCGCCGUCGCCGGGUGAUCCCCCCUCCUCCUGCUCCUCUUCUUGAUGAGCCGCAGCCCGCACCAGUGCCACUGAUUAUCGAUGGAGAGACCGUCCCCGCUGAGAUUGUGGAGGGAUAUAAGAGGUACUGCAGAAUAGCUAGAUCCUGUCCGGCGACAACAACAGUGUGCCACCUUUGCAUUUUUGAGGUGGAGCUUCACCCAAAUGGGAUUGUGCGCACCUCUGAUAUGAUUGCGCAUUACUGCAAGCAUCCUUCAGUAGCUGUUCGCUGUGGCAGGUUUGGCUGUACUGCGAAAGUUCCUCCAGGCCGCGACCUACGUGAGCACACCUACUUCUGCCACGACCUGCCUGCUGAUUGGUGGCUACCAUAGACCUGGUGGUACUAGGAAACAAAAUGUUGGUAGCACAAAAGAUAUGACUUGCUGUAUAAACUUGUAAAUCGUGUGGGUUUAUACGCUUAUGGUUCUCAAACUACAA